AAAGAAGCUCUCUGUUUCUCUCUGCCUUUCUCCCUCUCUCUUUCUCUGUUUCUCUCAUAUUACAUUUCCCCAUAUAGAAACAAGAAAAUGGGUGGGUUUACUUUCAGGAGUUUCACACUGAUGAUAUUCACUGGUUUCCUUAUCUGGUCUUUCAACUUUGAGGCUUGCAUUGCAAGAAGAGGCAAGCAUUGGAGGCAAAACAGAGGAUUCUCUGCUUCUUUGUACAAGAAAGGGAAGGGUCAUGGAGGUAAUAAUCACAAUUACCAUAAUGGAGGAGGAUCAAAACCAAAACCAAAGCCUUCAUCACCAUCACCAUUGCCAUCAAAUCCAACUCCUCCAAAAUCUUACAAUGGUGGCGGCGGUUCAUCUACUAUAUUUAAUGUCCUUGACUUUGCAGCUAAGGGUGAUGGAAGUUCAGAUGAUACAAAGGCAUUCCAAGACACAUGGGCAGCCGCUUGUAAGGUGGAGGCGUCAACCAUGCUGGUCCCAGCUAAUUACAUUUUCAAAGUGGGACCCAUUUCAUUUUCUGGUCCAUACUGCAAACCCAAGAUAGUUUUCCAGCUUGAUGGCACAAUUAUUGCCCCAACAGACCCACAGGCCUGGGGAAGAGGAUUGUUCCAGUGGCUAGACUUCUCAAAACUUGUGGGAAUCACAAUUCAAGGAAAGGGAAUCAUUGAUGGAAAAGGUUCAGUUUGGUGGCAGGACCAACCAUUUGAUGAUCCUAUAGAUAAUGAAGAAAAGCUCAUAGUCCCUUUAAACCACACAACAGUGAGCCCACCAAUGCCGAUUCAGAGUGAGAUGGGUGGGAAAAUGCCAAGCAUGAAACCAACUGCUCUCCGGUUCUAUGGGAGUAUUAAUCCAACAGUUACAGGAAUAACAAUUCAGAAUAGCCAACAGUGCCACCUCAAGUUUGAUAACUGCAAUGGAGUUUUGGUCCAUGAUUUGACUGUAUCAUCUCCUGGAGACAGCCCAAAUACAGAUGGAAUUCACCUUCAGAACUCCAAGGAUGUUCUGAUUCACACCAGCAGCUUAGCUUGUGGGGAUGAUUGUAUCUCCAUACAAACUGGGUGCUCAAAUGUAUUUGUACACAAUAUAAACUGUGGGCCAGGGCAUGGAAUCAGCAUUGGAGGUCUAGGAAAGGAUAACACCAGAGCCUGUGUCUCAAACAUUACUGUCAGAGACAUCAACAUUCACAACACGAUGACUGGUGUCAGAAUCAAAACAUGGCAGGGUGGAUCAGGAUCAGUACAAGGGGUGUUUUUCUCAAACAUCCAAGUAUCAGAAGUGCAACUUCCAAUAGUGAUUGAUCAGUUCUACUGUGACAAGAGAACAUGCUCAAACCAAUCAUCAGCAGUGGCUCUUGCAGGAAUCAACUAUGAAAGAAUAAGAGGGACAUACACAGUUAAACCAGUACACUUGGCUUGUAGUGAUAGUCUACCAUGUGUAGAUGUUUCCUUUACCACCAUUGAACUACAACCUCAUCAAGAACAAUACCGUCUUUAUAAUCCCUUUUGCUGGGAGGCCUAUGGUGAACUGAAAACUCCCACUGUCCCACCUAUUGAUUGUCUUCAGUUUGGCAAGCCAACCCAAAAUCAUGCUCAGACUGAUCAUGAUUUGUGUUAAUCUUAGCCACCACCUCACAGCGUUAGCCAGUUAGAUAUAAAGAAUAUGUAUACUAUAUAUAUAAUUAUAUAUAUAGAAGAUGGAAUUUUUCUUUGUUAGAAUCUCACCUUGAUUUAUUGUCAUCAGUAUACUGGCCCUCCCUAUAGUUGGAGGCCAAGGGUAGUGAGUUCUUGCCUUGUAUAGUGAGAUUUUAUACUAGUUCUUCCAUUUGUUUUAUUUAAUAAAAAUAUCUUCAUCUAUA